GUUGUGGUGGUGAUCUCACAGAACCUACAGGAGGUAUCGUGUCACCAAACUACCCGCAGCCUUACUCCCACAAUGCACAGUGUUUCUGGUCAAUCACUGUGUCGCAGGGGAGUGCAAUCACACUGUUCUUUGUAGAUUUUGACAUAGAAGACUCUACCGGAUGCCUGUACGACUAUCUGGAA